GCCCGGCUCGGGGGCGGAGGCGGCGGAGGGGCGGGGAGCGCGAGGAGGAGCGACGCGGCCCGCGCCGCCGCCUCUUCCCGCCGCAUGGACGAGCACCUCAGCCUGCUGCGCUCACCGCCGCCGCCCUCCGCCCGCCACCGCGCCCACCCUCCCCAGAGCCCCGCGAGCGGCGGCGGCGCCCACACCCUGGUGAACCCCGGCUACGCCGAGCCCGCCGCAGGCCCCGCGCUGCCGCCCGACAUGACGGUGGUGCCCGGGGACCACCUGCUGGAGCCGGAGGCGGCCGACGGCGGCGGGGGCCCGCCGCAGGGCGGCUGCGGCGGCGGCGGAGGCUGCGACCGCGACCGCUACGAGCCGCUGCCGCCCGCGCUGCCGGCCGCCGGCGAGCAGGACUGCUGCGGGGAGCGCGUGGUGAUCAACAUCUCCGGGCUGCGCUUCGAGACGCAGCUCAAGACCCUCUGCCAGUUCCCGGAGACGCUGCUGGGCGACCCCAAGCGGCGCAUGAGGUACUUCGACCCGCUCCGCAACGAGUACUUCUUCGACCGCAACCGGCCCAGCUUCGACGCCAUCCUCUACUACUACCAGUCGGGCGGCCGCAUCCGCCGGCCGGUCAACGUGCCCAUCGACAUCUUCUCCGAGGAGAUCCGCUUCUACCAGCUGGGCGAGGAGGCCAUGGAGAAGUUCCGCGAGGACGAGGGCUUCCUGCGGGAGGAGGAGCGGCCCCUGCCCCGCCACGACUUCCAGCGCCAGGUGUGGCUGCUCUUCGAGUACCCGGAGAGCUCCGGGCCGGCGCGGGGCAUCGCCAUCGUGUCCGUGCUCGUCAUCCUCAUCUCCAUUGUCAUCUUCUGCCUGGAGACGCUGCCCGAGUUCCGCGACGAGAAGGACUACCCCGCCGCGUCGUCGCAGGAGCAGUUCGAGGCGGCCGGCAACAGCACGUCGGGGGCGCCCGCCGGAGCCUCCAGCUUCUCGGAUCCUUUCUUCGUGGUGGAGACCCUGUGCAUCAUCUGGUUCUCCUUUGAGCUGCUGGUGCGGUUCUUCGCUUGCCCCAGCAAAGCCACCUUCUCGCGAAACAUCAUGAACUUGAUAGACAUCGUGGCCAUCAUCCCUUAUUUCAUCACUCUGGGCACCGAGCUGGCUGAGCGACAGGGCAAUGGACAGCAAGCCAUGUCCCUGGCCAUCCUGAGGGUCAUCCGGCUGGUGCGCGUCUUCCGCAUCUUCAAGCUCUCCCGGCACUCCAAGGGGCUGCAGAUCCUGGGCCAGACGCUGAAGGCUUCCAUGCGGGAGCUGGGCUUGCUCAUCUUUUUCCUAUUCAUCGGGGUCAUUCUUUUCUCUAGCGCGGUCUACUUUGCCGAGGCAGACGACCCCACUUCAGGUUUUAGCAGUAUCCCGGAUGCCUUCUGGUGGGCAGUGGUAACCAUGACAACAGUAGGUUACGGUGACAUGCACCCGGUGACCAUAGGGGGCAAGAUUGUGGGGUCGCUCUGUGCCAUCGCUGGUGUCUUGACCAUUGCUUUGCCAGUCCCUGUGAUUGUUUCCAACUUCAAUUACUUCUACCACCGGGAGACAGAAGGGGAAGAACAAGCCCAGUACAUGCACGUGGGAAGUUGCCAGCACCUCUCCUCGUCGGCGGAGGAGCUCCGAAAAGCAAGGAGUAACUCGACUCUGAGUAAGUCGGAGUAUAUGGUGAUCGAAGAGGGGGGCAUGAACCAUAGCGCUUUCCCCCAGACCCCUUUCAAAACGGGCAAUUCCACUGCCACCUGCACCACGAACAAUAAUCCCAACUCCUGUGUCAACAUCAAAAAGAUAUUUACUGACGUUUAAUAUAUGAUACAAGUGACAUGCUGUGCUCAGUAUUGUGUGGAACGUGCCCCCUUGGUCUGUGUAUGCCCUUGUUUUAUACAUUUCCAGACCAUUCAUCAAGGAAAGGACAUGAAGAAGUGGAAAGCACACUUCAUUUUCCCUCUCCCUACUGCUUCAUACUGAAACAGGUGUCUGUUUUGCAAGUGGGCUGCAUUCUCUCAGCUCUCCAUUGUUUUCUCCCCCUCUCUCUAAUAUUGCAAAGAACAAACUUACUUUAAACUUGAUUUCUAGUACACACCCUCUAAAACAAACAAACAAACAAACAAACAAAAAGCAGCUGUACAUCCUGGGAGGAAAUGAAAUUAAAGAACAGUUAGAGUAACCGCCUAACCUCAGAAUUAAAAGACACUUGUUUCUUUACUAAGUAAAGCUGGCACGUACUUAAAGGAUGCUUCAGUGUGAUGGACUGUUCAACAUUAUUGAGUAUUUAGUUCAAUUGCCUACGCUGUGGAUGUGUGGAUGAGAAGUCUGAUUAGAAAAAUGACUUGUAAACCCACCGUGAGUUUCUUUGGUUUUUGACUGGGAUUUCUUCUAUUCGGAACCCCUCCCGGAAUUUUAAAGAUAUAUACAACUUUGAACGAAGGGAAAUGCCUGAGAUGUCCUGAUCUGACUAAUCGGUUGCAACUCUUUGGGGCUUGUUGAGCAUUUCGAAAGGGGUAGACUAACAGAUUCCUCUGAACUUCUGUGUGUGUGUUACAAGCAACAUCUACCAAAGUGUAGAAACAGAUGUUUUCAGCGCUGCUGAGAGAAACAAACAAAAUUCCUAACGCGUCUGCGAGAUAAGCUUCUGCAGUAUCACAAGAAGAUUAAAGUGGCAGACACUCCUUCCAGCGGAAGUUACUAAUUCGGACCUGACUGAUGCAGUUCCCAUAGCAACCCAUGUUUCCUGGGAAACCCGAAAAAGGUUGUCAUGGCAUCUCUUGCUCUGUAGCCCCACCCCCUAGCCCCUGCCGUUUCCACAGUAACCUUUCCAGAUGGUUCCUACUUACAGGAUGUCGGAAGGAAAACCACUGUUUGAAUAAACCGCACAAAUAAAGUUAUGUCUGAGAAUCUGAGGGUGGUGAAAUGAAUCACAAAAUGCGUUAUUUUUUUACUACAGAAAAUCAUUGAUAUCAUCUCAUAAUGAUUGAAUCGAGAAGGAAAAUAUUGCCUUUGGAACGUUAGAUAUACACCACAAUGGGGCAUGAUUUGAAUUCAAUGCCAACAAUUAGGCAAUAAUUUAAAAGGAUGCUGUUUUCUUCCUCCAGGAAGUUUCAAGCCAACAGAUGAAAUUUAAAAGCAAAUGUAAAAGCGUUCUGUACAUAAGCAUAUGAAAGAUCCAAUCGGUGUACCUGAAACCUUACUGCGAGGGACCUUGAGACUUCCUCUUAAAAAAAAAAAAAAAAAAAAAAAAAACUCCAGAUCCCACAAGAGCACUUGAAAAGCUAAGUAAACUUUAAAAAUAUAAAGGAUACACACUUUUUAACUGAGGGGAUUGCAGACCAUCAAUAAAAAAAAGACGGAUGGGAAGUAACCAAAUCUUGGGGAAAUACCUGCAAGUUUCAGCCACACACCAGGGUUGCCAGAAGACACACAAAAUCAGAUACCUGAAGAGUCCCACAUAGAGAACUGUAUUGCUGCACGGACCAGUAGGAUCCUCAUUUUUAAAUUGCCUACAUCAAGAACGCUGUGUUGGUCCUGUCGCUGAUGGGCAGUGAUCUGUCUGCCAGUGCAUAUUUUUGUUUCAGUUGACAUUAAAUAACAUGUCUCUAAUAAAUGCUUUAUAUAAAGGAAACAGCUCUAAAGCUGGAGGAUUCUCUUCGAAUUGUGUGCAAUAUUAAAGAUAGUGAUAGAUGAAGAAGAACAUUCGAAAAUAUUAAGGGAUCAUUUCAACCUUUUGACAUUUUGGUGAAAUUGAAUCACUCAAAAACUAGUCAGUACUGCUGAUAAAGAAAACCUAAAUGUUUGUUUCCAACAAGCCAACUGGUACUGUUUUCUUCUUUCAGUUAAUCACUGGACUGUGUUGAAUCAUGAGAUAUAGUAAUGUUAUCUUCUGUGUUGUGGCUUAUGUGCAACCUUAUUUGUGAAGGCGUGUUUUGUACCAAAGGCUCUCCUACAUAGAUUGGCCCAUUUACACGUAAAUAAGUGAAAUCUACACUGUGCUCAGAUGAAUGGUGUUCAAGACAGACUGGCCUAAAAGAAAUGUGCCUUGCUUGAUUCAACAUCCUUUUAUUUUUUUGACUCAAAAUGAUAGAUUUGCAAAUUUGUCUCGUAGGUAGGUUUUAGCUGAGCAUAAAUUUAGAAGUAUAUUAGUACUUAUGUUUAAGUUGUCUAUUUUAGCUAAAAUUUUAAUAUUUGGUUAUAGUUUUCAGCAGUUCAUAGAUAUUAUAAUCACUCAGUUUAGUUUUCGUAUGAUGUUUGGUGUGGUGAGACAAAGCACAUUCUUAAAGAUAUAUUAUAAUAUUUCAUCUAAUGUAUAGAAUUUCCUUCAAAAUUGUACCUGUAAAAGGUUUCUUGACUCAUCCUCUAUUUUUAUAAGUUAUUCCUUUAGAAAUGGAACUUUUUUCAAUAAAAUAAGCAAAGUUUUAGUUGGAAAAGAGAUUUAGGAGGUCAUGAAGAUGAUUUCCCUUUUGGGGACAUUUCACUUCUGUGCCAUUAUUAAUGUAUUUACUGUGACAUUUCAGCAGAAUGGUAGCUAUUUGUAUAUUAUUUAAUAAGCCUUAUGGAAAGUCAAACUGUGAACAUUUGGUAUAAUGAAGACUUUUUUUCACUUUCAUAUUUUAUUUUUGAAACAUACCUGAGCAAAUGCGUAAAUAACCAAUUUCCUGUUACUCAAAUGCAUAGCGACGCUGUUCUAAUAAGAGUGCUUGUAGAAUUUUAAUGAUAUCAAAAUAUUUCAGUAGCAAAGCCAAGAUUAUAAUACUUUUUGAUGCCAUGUAAAAGGAAAUACAGGUGAUGAGUUUCAUUGUUAAUAUCUAAGAAUCGAUAACUAAACAAUCUUAUACCUGUUAGCAGCAAAGGAUGUAGGAGAUAAAAUCCAGGUAAUUUUCUUUGAGUCAAUGCCUACAAUGAAUUUUGCACAAUCUGCUGAUAAUUCUUCUGUGGUCAAAAUUUUGAGACCAGAUCACUCUCGGGAAAAGUGAAGUAAGUGACUGAUAAGUAUCUCAGAUUUGAGCUAUGUGAACCUCCCAACUGAAUGAUUUGUAAUUAAAGUGAAAACAUAGCCAAAGCCACCACCAUGUUUUUGUUCUGUUAGCGCACAUAGAAGAGACGCUGGCCCAGAGAACUGUCAAUCCAUUCCAGCCACCUAAUACUCAUAACUGAUGUUCACAGACUUGUCAGCGGUUAAAGUAAUUCACAUCAACUAUUGGGAUGAUUGAAACAAACCAAUUAAAGGUCCUAUAAGGGGUUUUAGACAUUCACAUGUUUUAGUAAGGAUCGGUAGGCAUUACAAAAAUAGACACAGGUACUACCUUCAGGAAACACCAAUGACACAACUUUAUUAUGUAUACUUAAUAUCAUAUCUGCAUUAUUAUUACAGGCCACGGUUUCAAAUAAAGACAAAACCUGGACUUUGAGAUAAAAGCACAGAAUGGCACCAGAUGAGUAAACUGUCAUAUCUGAUAUGGUUCACCAAAUGUGUAGUAAAAAUACAGUAUUGAUGUAGAUAUCAUGAGACCAGAGGUCUUACCCACUUUCUACCUGUGGGACCCUAGAUAAGUCACUUACUGUUGCUAGGCUACAGUUUCCUAAGUUGCAAGGUGGUUGUGCUGGGUUAAAUAAUCCCCAAAGCCCAUUCUCAGCCCCCAAAUCCUCAUUUAUACACAUUUGAAAAGUCUUUGAAGAAUACUUAAAGUACUCAGAUUUUUCUUACGCAUCUCCAAAGGAAAGAGUAAAUUGAAAUAAGAUUUAAACCUUUAAAGUGUCAUAAAUAUACCAUUCUUCAAAUUGAUUGUGAGAAGAGGAAAUAGGAUGUUUUUUCUCCUCUAAGAAUUGUCACUGGCCUACAAUGGGAUCAUGAAAACGUAGAAAACCCACUGUGCGGAAUGGAAACAGAUUAAUGAAAUAGCUGCAAAGGAAGAGGAGGUUAUUUGUUCAAUUUAAUUAGAACUUAAUGUGAUUUGAAAUUACAUAUGAAAUGCUAAAAACAGUUCCAGAGCUGUACUGCACACUCAACAUUAUAAUCCUGGACUAGAAAGUGGGAAAAGGUUGGAAGGAUGGGGAUGUUUGCCUUAUGAUCUGUUGAUUUUUUUUUCCCCACAAGAAGCAGUUUGGUAGAGCUUAAGCAAGUGUCUUUGCUUUAGUGCUGGCUCUGCUAAUAAUUUAUGUGCCCUAGGAAAGUCCCUUUGACUUCUCUGAGCCCUAGUUUCUUUAUCCGUGCAAUGAAGACUUUAAAUUUAGUAAUCUGUACGUUUUUUUAUAUCUUUGAAAAUUCUAUAAUGUUUCCAGAAUAUUCUGAUAUGCACAUACAUGUUGCUCCUCUCCAGGCACUAAGAUGCCACAGAUCUCUGUUCAUAUGACUGAACAGACUACAAAUCCAAACGUUCAUAUUUCUAAUUGACCUCAGCAAGACAUUAAAAAAUGUAACUUUUAAUUUGGACCAUGGCUUAACUAUUGUGACUUAUCAUUUCAUCCUUGAAUGGUGGGUUAGUUACUAUAUAAACAAAGUUUCUGUGCAAGUGAAUCUUCCGUUUAAAUCUUUGUAGCUUAAUAAACACUUAGCAAACCAGAAUUAAAUAUAUUAUGCUUGCCAGUGAACUGUAGCUGAUUGCAAGGUGCGUUUUUGUCACAUUAAAAAGGUAACGCCGUUUUUGGUCCCAGAAUUCAAAUGACUAUAAUUUGAAAUAAUAUUCACAAAAUGUUGUAGACUUUUGUGAAUACAAAAGAGGCCUGAUGGAGCCAUGUUGUAAUUAGUUUUGCUCAGGAGUGAGAAACGAAAUUCAGGGAUAACCCAGACGCUUCUGUUUGGCUUUUGUGGACAGUUGGAAAAAGAAGGGUUAUAGCUUUUGUACAACAUAGAUAAGAGAUAAUUAUACCCAUUGAAAACCAAGAGUAUAUUCUGGUUGCUGGUUUUAUGGUAGAAAGAGAUUAGGAUA